GCAAAGCAAACACCUGAAAACACCUGAAAUCACCUCCGGCUGCUCCACUUCCUUUCACUUUCCCCUGUCCAGCACCUGCGCCUGCGUUACGACUUCACCUGACCUCUGAAAAUCACCUUGAACUGACACAGCGCGGACUGCUAGUUAAUAGUUAACUCCGGUCCGGUCUCUGGACUGAUCAAGACCGAAAAUAAACCGCGUCGUUUACGAUCGAGACACGCUGCUCCGGAUUAUUAAAAAUGUCUGGGAUUAAAUUAAAGGACGUUAUUCAGUUCUGACUCUGAGACCUUACUCUCUGUAAAAGGAGAAGACUCGGUUAAAGACGGAAAUGUUUUAUUAAGCAAGAGAAAAUGAAAGCAAAGUGUACCUGCCAGCCGAAGGAGUGUCCAGUCAUAACAGAAUGAUGGCAGACAGAAAGUGCCAAGAAGACAAAGAAAACCCCGUGCAUAAUUUUGUUCGGACUUGGUCAAAAAGAGUGUUUGGGAGAAAAACAGAAAAAAAAGAAGUGCAGGCAGAGGAAAAGAGUCCUACAUCCGACACUAAGCCUGACCUUCCUGACACACCAAAAGAAGGCAUUACAAGAAAGCCUUCAAAACACAAAAAAAGUGAAAAGAGAAAACCCUCAAAGGAUGAUACUUCAGAGGAGAGAAGGAACAGUAAUGGUUGUGGGGUCUCUUUCAUCCAUAAUAUCCCACCUAAGCCUCUGUCAGUUUUGCAGAUUGAUACACUUUUAAAAAGUCAUCCUUUAGAAGAGGCCUAUCCACAGCUGCUAUCACUGCGUUCAGAGUUUCAGCGUGAGAAGGAAGCUCUGGGUGAGACGACAUCUCCAGUGGAAUUAACUAAUAAAGAGAAAGACCUGUCUUUGCUCUAUGAGGCCCUGAGGACCAGAGUGAUUGACAUCAUCCGAGACUCCUGUGAAAAACAUUCCAGAGAUGUGCUGGAAGUUGUGGUUCUUAUCAUCCAGGCGGAGGAAAGAAGAGAAGGACAUCUGGGUGGCAUAGGAGGAUGGAGAGAUGCAUGGAAGGGUGCAGUAAAGGACGGUGUGAGGGACACUGUCAAGAGGGUCCACCUGGACAGAAGUGAAGAAAAUGUUCCCAGGUUGGCAGAGGAUUUGGAUAACCUGGGCAGAGGGAUUUUGGAACUGUUGGAGAAAGUGAAGACAGAGCUUGUAAACUCUUACCCUGUGAGCUUUAAUGUGUUUGAAACCUACGUUUCUUCUUGUCAUGAGGUUGUCGGAGAACACCUGAAGGAGAUUUUUGGAAAGAUCACAGUACUUAAAGAUUACUAUGCCAUGCUAGAUUUUAUCUUCAACCAAUAUAACAGUGAGAAGAUCCUUGGUAGUCCCUCGUUGCUGCCAGAGAUGAAGAAACAGAAUGCUUUCACACUCCCUGAUGACUUUGUAAAUCGGGUUAAGGACAAAUACUGUAAUCAUCUACAGGAAGAAUUUAAAAACUUGUUGGAGAAAAUCAUUAGAGAUGAGCAGGAGAAGGUGUGGGAGAAGAAAGCAAUACCCAAGACAGAGGAUGAACCCACUUCUGAAAUACUCAUGGAGAUUUGCAAAGCAGUAGAAUCACAUGCUGAGGAUUCUGGAAAGCUUGAUGCAGAUCUGAAAAAGAGAGUCCUUUGCAGCUGCCUGGAGGCUAUAAAGCACUUCCCCGCAAGAUUUGAGGAAGAGUUCACAAAGCAGAGCUCCUCUUUGUUAGGCUCAGAUGUACUGGACUGGUGUUUCUGGGCUAAAUAUCAUGCUGUAUAUAUAAACAGCUUCAGCUUACUCAAAGAGCAUGUGGAGAGCUACAAACCAAGCUGUCCAGAUCAGGUUGCAGAUCUGGAGAAAGAAGUGGAUGGUCUGCUUCUAAAUUUGAGACAAGCUCUGCUGAAACAGUUUAAAGUUGAAACUGAGCCCUUCAUGGAGAUUAUAAUGACCAAGGAAUGGCUAAACACAGACAGCAGUUUUAAUGAUAUAGUGAACAGAAUAGAGAGCUACUCUGGAAACUGCGGAUACAUGAGACCUCUCCUUGCACAAUCCUUCAUCAAUGAUCUGCACUACCAUGUGGUGAAAGAGUACAUAUCUCAGCUACUGAAAAAAAAGUACUCAUGCAAAGGCAAGAAGAAUGAUCUCGCUGCCGAAAAGAUUAGAGGCCAGUGGAACGAGUUUAAGAGAUUGUUCAGUGAAAAGAGGUCAACCUUAGAAUGGCUUUACCCAUUAGGAGAUCAGCUGAGUGAAAUCAUUGAACAGGAGAACGAGAAAGACAUCAUCAAUUUUUUACAACCUUUGAUUGAAAAUUAUCCUGACAUCAGUGAAUCCCAACUCUCAGCCAUUCUGUACUUCAGAGGUGUAGGGAAAUAUUUAGGAAAGAAUCCAGUCAUUCAGCACUUUACCAAGCUGAAACAGAAUUCUGGGAAGAAGAACCAUGAACACGUCUUCUUUAGUGACAUUAAGUAAACCUGCAGGACUUUCAGGGGAUACUAAGUCUUGAUGAUGUCCUUGUUGAUCAGUGGUUUGUGUGUGCUGCAGUGCAUAGACCUAUAUAUCUAUAAAGCUAAUAUCUAAAACAAAAUCUGUGAAACUACUCAGGGCAUGAAAACAUCCAUCUAACAUCAAUCGAGAACUUAGAUAUGUGUUUAUUUUACAUUUUUAAAUAAUAAUUAUGUCAGAAUUUUAUGAUAAUCACUUUUUCAAUUAGAAACUAGAGAGUCAAGAGGUUAAUGUGAAGCACACAUCCUGUUGUAGUGAACAGAGGUACACUGUGGGUAGACAUUUUUGUAUUUUUUUUCAAGCAUUGUCAAAUAGAUGUUGGUUACCAUGAGUAGUACCAACAUUAAUAUUUUAUCUUAGAAACUGGACCGAGUCUGUUUACUUUUUGAAACUUAUUCUGCAUCCACACAAUACUAAUUUAUUAAAUUUAUCAAUUUUGUUUUAUUUUUUUUUUUUGGGAAGGGGGGAAUUUAAUCAUGCAAUCUUAUUAGUGGGUGUAAUUACUAAUGACAGUUAUAUUUGCUAGUUACUUAUAUGGUAGCAAUAAAGAAUCUAUGAACUUUGAAACCCAUUAAAAUGUGAAAAUUGACAGCUGAAGCCUUAAAAGCAGCUUAAAUCCAUAUAUUAAAUUUAGCAUAUAUAAAUAUUUGUGAAUAGUUGUCUACAUUUUGCUUUCAUACUAACAACACAAUGUGUAGCAACACAUGGUUGGUAGAAAUCUGUCCUCCAUCUUAGUAGCCCAUGAGUUACACAUAUAGACUGUGUCUGUAAUCCAAGAAAUGCUAACUUGAUGCCUUUCUGCCCACGCUAUCACACUUAGAAGACAGAUAUGAUAAUUAGCUGUGUUAUUAUUAUCUAUUAGUAUUCUUUCCCUUUAAAAUAAAAGGAUAGAUGCCUCAGAAUCCAGUCAAAAUCCAGGUGGUGAACAUUUUCAGACCCAGCUAUGGAACAUUUUAAGGAGGCGUCGUGAUGCUGUUAUCAGAAAAGUAUCGCGUCUUGUUAUAGCUUCUUUUUAUUUCUUCAUGUAAAUGAAUUGAAAUGGCAAAAACAUUUCAAUUAGCAUUUUAUCUUUUAAAAUUGUAUUUUAUGCAUGUUGGGGAUUAUAUGUUAUAAUACACAUAUAUUCAUACUGAUGUUCAGAUAAUAUUUAGUGAUUGUACAUCAACUGUGUUCUUGUGGAGUGUUUAGGUGAAUGUUUUCUUUGGCAUUGAGAAUAUUUUACUGUACAGAAAGACCAGUUUAGCGUUAGACACUGGGAGAGAGCCUCACAGAGACAGGCGGGGUUGUAAACUUUGAGGUUUAGGUGUGACUGGUGUGGGUUACAGCAGCUAGAAAACUGGUAAUUGGGGCUGAUAUACAAAAUGUGAUAUAAUAUAUGUGAUGGUAUAUAUUAUGAGAUACAUUUAAGCUGCAAGUGUAUAUACAUGCAUCAUGAAAGUGGAGGGACUGUGUUAUUACUAAAUGGUUAUUGCAUAUUGUUAAACUUUUUAAAAUAAAGCUUUCAGUCAAAUCUUAAA